UAGUACUAGUACAUUUUGAAAAUAGAAGUAAAUGAUGAAUCCCUUGAGUUUGUGAUAUAGAGAGAGAGAGAGAGUUAUGAGCAUGUAUAGCUAUAGUUGUAUCUCCACAAGCACAAUGAUUCGUCGGUUAUGGUGUUUACAGAGCGGCUCUCCCUCCGUGCCCCCCUCGAGCACCAAGAAGAAGAAGCCCCUUGUCUUGUUGGGCGCACCUCAUGUCUCCGCCAUCGUCCUUGAAGCCCUUCUGAACGCUUCUACUUGUCCAGAUUCUUCAUUUGAGGUUGCGGCUAUUGUGACUCAACCUGCUGCCAGAAGGGACAGGGGGAAGAAGCUCUCUCUCUCUCCCUUGGCCUCUCAUGCUCUUCAGAGGGGCUUCUCUCCUGAUCUCAUUUUCUCUCCCCUCCGUGCUGGUGACGAUACUUUCUUGUCUAAUUUAAAAGCUCUCCAACCUCACUUGUGCAUUACCGCAGCCUAUGGCAAUAUAUUACCCACCGACUUUCUUCAUAUUCCAUCUUUCGGAACAGUCAAUAUUCACCCUAGCCUUUUGCCAUUGUAUCGUGGUGCUGCUCCUGUUCAAAGGGCAUUGCAGGAUGGUGUUAAAGAAACUGGAGUAUCAUUAGCAUUCACUGUCCGUGCCCUCGAUGCUGGACCUGUCAUUGCUACUGAAACCAUUCAAGUUGAUGAUCAAAUAAAGGCCCCUGAUUUGCUUGAGCUCCUGUUUCAUAAAGGAUCUAAACUUCUGAUUGGAGAACUUCCUUCUAUACUUGAUGGAUCAGCAAGAGUAAAGGCACAACCUCAAGACGACUCUAAGGCUACAUUGGCUCCAAAGAUAAAUCCAGAUGAAUCAUGGCUAUUCUUUGAUCAAGAAGCAUCUGUUCUACACAAUAAGGUUCGUGCCUUUUCAGGGUGGCCAGGAACUAGAGCAAGAGUGUUAGUGGUUGAGAAAAAUGGUCAGCAGAAAACUUUGGAGAUUAAAAUUAUAACCACACGAGUUCGCAGUCAUGAAAGUGUGCAGUUCGAUGAAGCAGAUGACAUUGCAUUCGUUGAGGGUGCGUUGGUAUUUCCAUGUGGAAGGGGCACCACACUUGAGGUAUUGGAAGUUCAGCUUCCUGGGAAAAAGGUAGUAAACUCAGCUGCUUUCUGGAAUGGGCUGCGGGGGCAGAAGCUGAAGAAAUUAUGAGAGGUGGUUCAUCAAAUAGGAAGCCAUAUUUUAAAUUAUUUUUGGCUGUUUAGGAAAUCCAUUUUUUUUUGUUUUGAUUUGAUUCAAAUUUUUAUUUUCUUCUUUCACUUUAUAUAUGAUUUAUGCUGCUUUUUUUUAUGGACAAAUUUUAUAUGAUUUAUGUAUAACUAUCAACCUUUGCAAUCUCUAUAGAAGGGCUUCUCAAACAUGCA